UGACUGUACAAGCAUAGUGAGGCCCGCAGAUGGCUGCGUUUCCUGUGACAUGAUGAGUCAUGGCAGGGUCUGGCCUUUUUAACCGUGUCGCGAUCCCUGGCCCCUUCGAGGAAAAGCCGGUGAGAGAAUGGGCAGGUUGGCAAGAAGCUGAUGCCAAGAAGGACAACGACAAGGUCAUUCAUCAGACUCAGGUCUGCGGAUCAGAUCAACAUGAAGUGAGCAGACGGCAGCCACUUCUUGUCUUAGACUUGCAGAGGUAUAUGAGGAUCGCUUCGCCCAACCAGCCGGAUACGGCGGGCCGACUGCUGGGGCACGAGCGCAGGGUCUCCAUCUUGUCGGUAGAGGUGGCCGGGGCUCGCAUGAGUGCGUGCAAUGGCAUUUUCAGAUAUGAUGGCUUACAUCAACAAAAGCCGCUCUUCAAAGCAGACAGCGGCGCCAUCAUUUACUUCAACAGGUUUUGGAAGAUGAAUGCUGUCUUCAAGACGAGCUCGUGGAUGUACAGUCAUGAGAGCAAGGAGAGCUUGCCUCCGGAAGGGGACUGGACGCUCCAAGGGUCAUUGGAGAGCAGCACCGGCGGCGUUCCUGUGGUGAAGCUGUUGGACGAGCCCUACAAGAGUUUGGGUCCACAAGGAGCAUCCCUCCGCUUGCAGGGCGGUCGCACGGUUCUCAAGCGCGAGGAGAACAAGAGCUGGCGGUGGAUUGAGGUGCCGAUCUAUUCUGAUAUCGAAGCAGAGGAGCCAGUGGAGUCCUUAGAAGCCUUGUGCGCUCGCCUAGCACAAGAGGAAGCAGAGGAGCAAGAACUGAACUUCGGCCUUUUUGCCUCUGUUCAUGACGAACCAGCGCCUAGCGCUUCUCGUGCACCAGAUGGCUACUACAGCUUUGACAUGAUCCGGCAGAUGGGCCAAGAACUGAUGUCCCAGACCCCAGCAUCGAAUGCGGGCGCAGCCAAAGGCGAUUCUCAGAAAGAGCUGGGCCCGCCAUGGCCAUUAGAGACGCCGGGCCUGAGUUUAGGUGAACGCUUGCGGCGUUCGAGUGUCGAAUCACGGCGAGGAGACUCGGGCAACUUAUUGCGAGCUCGUCUCCACUUCGGCUAAGAUGAGCCGCAGAUGAGCUCCGCAAAAAGGGCCCAAGGGGCAUCAGAAGUGCCAUGAAGUACGGUGCAUGCACUGCAUUUUGCCAGUGCAGUGAAGUGGGUGUUGCUGGAAUGGGUUGGUCUAGGCCUAAUCUGCUUGGGCCGCCG